AUGACGUCGUGUUUCCUAUUGUGUGUCUCGUGAGUGUGUUGUUGACACCGCCCCUCCGGAGGGUGCAGCAGCAGCAGCCACCGUCGCUAGCCGUCUGACGGUCACAUCCGCCUGGUAUUAACACGUCUCCACAGCAACAACAUGUGCGGAAUAGAAAGCGUCCCUGAGGAGAAGGGGAAGACACAGAAGCAUUGUGCUUUGCCGCCACCUGGACGGACGUUCACCAUGUAGACGACCGACGGCUAGCUACUCAUCUGUCAUUAAUUAGCCGAUGCUAUCGCCGCUAUUUCUGAGAUACGGUUGUCAUCGCGGUCGCCAGGUGAGCUAAGCGUCGAGCUAACCCACAGAGGGUGAGCUUUAAACCACGCUAGGGUGGCACUUGACCAUCGACUAGCAUAUCUGCAGAGAGAGAGCCAAACAUGGCAACUCCCGCCGAGCACGACCUGGCUCUAUCCGAAGGCGACAGCAGCAAAGACAAAGCGCAGGUGUUUGGGAUAUUGAGGUUACAGGAGGAGAAAUCUGGUGGCGGGGAUAAGCCGAAUAUAAGCGGCACUGUGAGGGGCGGCGGGGGAGGAGAUGGACGAUGGCAGGCUCCCAUCUUCGCUUUAGCCAGGAAAGCAUCCGAAACCAUUUCAGGGAGCAUUCAUGUCCUGCCUAAAGUGUCGGAGAACAGAGCAUCUAUAUCAGGAGAAUGGACCGUCCAAGACUUGCGGGACCCCAUGGCUAUGGAGCGAGCCAACCUGCUCAACAUGGCCAAGCUGAGUAUUAAAGGUCUGAUCGAGUCCGCUCUAAGUUUUGGAAGAACACUGGACUCGGACUACCCACCUCUGCAGCAGUUCUUUGUCGUCAUGGAACACUGCCUCAAGCAUGGUCUGCGAGUGAAAAAGUCCUUUCUGGGAUUUAAUAAGUCUUUGUGGGGUCCUCUGGAGCUGGUGGAAAAAUUGUGUCCUGAAGCAGCUGAGAUCUCAGCCUCUGUACGAGAUCUGCCAGGACUCAAGACUCCCUUAGGACGUGCUAGGGCAUGGUUGAGACUGGCCCUCAUGCAGAAGCGGCUGGCCGACUAUCUGCGACUACUGAUUACCAGAAAAGACCUUCUCUGUGACUUCUAUGAGAAUUCAGCGCUGAUGUUGGAGGAGGAGGGUGCUGUCAUUGUGGGUCUGCUGGUGGGCUUGAACGUCAUUGAUGCCAACCUGUGUGUGAAAGGUGAAGACCUGGACUCUCAGGUCGGGGUGAUUGACUUCUCCAUGUACUUAAAGAACGACAUUGAUGAUUACAGGAGUGAGGAGAGGAACAGUCAGAUAGCAUCCAUCCUUGAUCAGAAGAACUAUGUAGAGGAGCUCAAUCGACAACUAAAUUCUACAGUUCAUGGACUUCAGGGCAGAGUGGACUCUCUGGAAAAGUCCAACUCUAAACUCAUAGAGGAGUUAGCUAUUGCCAAAAACAACAUCAUCAAACUGCAAGAAGAAAACCAGCAACUGAGGAGUGAAAACAGCCUCAUUCUUCUGAAGGCACAACAACAUUUAGAGGUAUCUCAAGGUGAUGUAUCUGUGGAGCGAGACACCUACAAACAAUCUCGUCAGGGUUUGGAUGAAAUGUACAACGAGGCACAAAGACAGCUAAAGGAGGAAUGUCAGCUAAGACAGGAUGUGGAGAACGAGCUGGUGGUCCAAGUGUCAAUGAAGCAGGAAAUGGAGUUGGCUAUGAAACUUCUUGAGAAAGAUAUUCAUGAGAAGCAGGACACGUUGAUUGGGCUGAGACACCAACUGGACGAAGUCAAAGCUAUCAAUGUAGAGAUGUACCAGAAGAUGCAGUCAUCUGAUGAGGAGAUGAAGAAGAAGAACAACAUGAUCAGCCGUCUGGAGGAGAAGACCAAUCAGAUCACUGCUACUAUGAAGCAACUGGAGCAGAGAUUACAGGAGGCCGAGAGCCACCGCACCUCUGCCGAGGAAGGAACCAGGCGCUUCAAGAUGGACUUUGCCAACAAGGCCGACAGCCUGCAGCGGCAGAUCGACCAUAGAGAGAAGCAACUCCUGCAGCUGGAGACCGACCUGAAGAUCGAGCGGGAGUGGAGGCAAACGCUGCAAAACGAUCUGCAUCGAGAGAAAGAGACGGUGUCUCAGCUCAGGACACAAGCACUGCAGAUAAACGGCCUCAAGAUGGAGUUCCACCGCCUCCAGGAUGAGAACUUGCAGUUGAAGAGCAUCUGUGAGGACCAAGAACAAGCCCUUGAGGAACUGGGCUCUAAACUUAGCGAAUCCAAAAUGAAGAUCGAGGACAUCAAAGAAGCCAACAAAGCACUUCAAGGAGGUCAAGUGUGGUUGAAGGACAAGGAAGCCAGCCGCUGCAAGCUGUGUGAGAAGGAGUUUUCCAUCUCCAGACGCAAGCACCACUGCAGGAACUGCGGCGAGAUCUUCUGCAAUAGCUGCUCAGACAACGAACUUCCCCUGCCCGCAUCUCCGAAACCGGUACGAGUGUGCGACACCUGUCACGCCCUGCUUCUCCAGAGAUGCUCCUCCAAUCCCACUUGAAGCGGACCAACUCCUUAAUGACUCUUUCCCCACAAGGCACACUUUUGGAAUAUGUAUUAUGAGUGCAUUUGGAACAGUACUUGACAUCGUCACAUAGGACACAAAUGACUUGUAUCAAUUAAUUUACAAUAAUACAUAUAUUUCAGUAUUACAAAUAAAAUCAAUAUGUAUGAUUUAAUAUUAAUAUAAAAAUGCAUUUGUACAAUUACAGGCCUCCCUGUAUAUGUAUGAGGAAAUACUGCACAUUGCUUUUUACACAUCAGGCUUGUAUUGACAUGGAAUAAGAGUGCAUGAGAAAAUCCACAAUAUUGAACAGUGGAAUCGUUCUGGUAGUCUGGCCUGAUCCUUUUAAUUGAUGUCACAACAUUGUUUGAUGUUGCUGAAUGUGAAAGUAUUGUGCUUUCACAGUUGAUGGGGCUGAUGGACUUUAGUCCAUAUUAAUUAGUUCCAUAUUAGUUCUGUAGAACUGUCAGAUCACAAGUGUGCCACCUUGUGCCUGUGCUUGACAGAAGUUGAGUAUCAACAUAUUGUCAUCUGAAUUAACACAUGCACUGAAACUAAAGUAAGCAACUAAAAUUACAGAAAGUUUACGGUUUGCUGCUGUCAAAGCAACUUAUUCCUUCAAUGAACAGUGUUGGUGCCACUUGGGCUUGUGUGCUCAUAUCUCAUGGUGCCAAAAUGAGUCAUGUAUUUCUCACUUUGGGGUAAAAUAUGAAUGACAGCCUAUCAGCUAUGGUAUGUUUGAGGCCUGAAUGCUGCUUCAAGGACCAGUAAGACCACCAUGUGUUGCAAACAUCUCUGCUAUUUUUGUAUGUAUUUAUUUUUAGCCAGUUUUAAAAUAACAUUAGCACUACAUUGACAUACUGGAAGUUGAAAGUUCAUGACAUUGUAUUGUUGCCAUAGUUUUUUGUUUUUUUAGCAUCAUCUGUGCACUUUCAGGUCUACAUGCUCAUCUGCACAUUCUGCUGUUUUUCAAUUUUGACAACUUAUUUUGUGUCCCAAGUCUGGUCACAGCUAUUCUAAUCAAAUGAUUCUGAACAACACCCAGGCCUCAUUUUAUUUUAUAAAGUCUCUCUUAGUUAGUCCCAGCUCUCAAUGGGAUCAGGGCUGUGUUUUGUGGAUGUGGAUCGUCACAAAUGGAUGUUCAUUUUUGUUAAUUACACUGCCUUUACAGUUUGGAUUAAAUU